AUGUCUGUUUCUACCAACAUACACACGGAAGCCUUGGUUGUGCAAGAGCCGGGUAGCCAGUUUGUCAUGAAACAAGUGAUCCUUGAUGAAGUCCGCUCGGAUGAGGCCCUAGUCGAAAUGCAAUACUCCGGCAUAUGUCACACAGAUGUCCUUUUCCAGACUGGUCUGCUUCCGGGCCCGGCAUUCCCAGCCAUCUUUGGCCAUGAGGGCGCAGGGGUCAUCCGAGCAUUAGGCAGUGGCGUAAAGGACAAGUCACUGAGAAUCGGGGACCAUGUCUUGUUGUCGUUCAACGUUUGCGGGACGUGCAAGCAAUGCCUGGCAGACAACCCGGCCUGUUGUCACGUCCAUUUACCAGUCAAUGCAGGCUGUGUGCGGAUAUCAGAUGGCUCCACGCCGGCGCGUCUCGAGGACGGGACCGCCGUGAGCAGUCAAUGCUUUGGCCAAUCGUCAUUUUCACACCUAUCAGUAGUUGCUGAAAGGUGUGUUGUGAAGUGUCCAUAUCCCGAGUCACUCUCUUACUUUGCCCCUCUGGGUUGUGGCUUUCAGACAGGGGCGGGGACGUUACUCAACGUUCUGAAGCCCGACAAGAGCAAGACGGUGGUUAUUUUUGGUGUUGGAAGUGUGGGGAUUGCCGCCCUGAUGGGCGCUGCCUACCUUGGAGUCAAGCAGCUUAUAGCAGUUGACGUGGUCGAUGAGAAGCUGGCACUUGCGAAAGAGUUUGGCGCGACGGAUACCGUGAACCCGCAAAAGAACGGUCAAGAGACUGUGGAAGCAACCAUCAAAAGGCUCACUGACGGAGGAGCUGACUACGCCAUUGAUUGUACGGGACGUAUCCCCGUCAUUGAAUCUCUCUUGGGAUGCUUGGCACCUAGGGGCACUGCAACAACAGUUGGCGUUCCCCCUCCCAACAGUGUAGUCAGAAUUGAGCCACAGACUUUCCUACUGGAAAACAAAAGCUAUAUCGGCGUCGUCGAGGGUGGCUCUAACCCUCAGAAGUUUAUUCCUCAGCUCAUGGAGCUUCAUCGCCAAGGCCAUUUCCCUGUUGACAGACUUUGCAAAGUAUAUCCAGUAAAGGAUUUUGAGACAGCUUUGAGUGAGAUGCGCUCUGGGAAGGUUGUGAAGCCAGUUAUCAGCUGGAAAUAG